AUGGGCCGAGUGACGGGGCCCCUCUUGCGUACGUCUACGUGGAGACGCUGCGAGACUCGGCGUUCAUUCGCCAUAUCGUCGUCCACCGCGGUACGCUGUCGCAUUGCUGUGCCUCCUCUGCAGCAGCUGUCGCUGCUGCUGCGCGUAUGUGAUACCUCCACUGCGCGUAUACGUUUCCUGCAUUGUCUCGCCUUUCCUCUCCACUACUCAACGAACCCCUUGUUCCCCUCUCCUCCUUUCCCCUCCCCACCCUACCCGUCCCCAUUUCUCCACCCCCCUGCGGCUCUCCCCCCUCACCCUUUCCCCCUUUCCGUCAUCUCCCUCCUGAUCCCUCUGCUCUGUCGAACGCCAGAGAAGCGCAGGCAAGGCAUGGGGACGAAGCUGAUGCAAGCUCUAGCGGCGAGGCUGGCAGCAGCAGGGUGCAGGCAGUGGCGCCUCAACGUCUUCCCCUCCAACACCGCCGCCGUCCGCCUCUACUCCCGCCUCGGCCUCUCGCCCGUACAUUCCGGCAGCUGCCUUUUGAUUCUCUGGAAAACACUCUUACUGCGUUAUCAGAAGUGCUCUGUUCCGUGUAACGACGAGAAGGCUGUAGAGGCGAGUCUUGAAUGCAAGGCAGGGUCAUGUGCAGGAAAGGACAGGUGCGGUGGGAGUCCAAAGGACGAUGGAUCAAGCAGCAUGUGCCGUGCAGGAAGGAUGUCGGGUGAACGGACAGAGCCAGACGGACAGCUGAGGGAGGAUUCAGGUGAUGGGUCAGGGAUUGAGAGGGUGAGGGUGGGCGAGAUUGAGGUAGAGGAGGAGGAGCAGGUAGAGCGGGAAAUGGGGUUACCGCUGGGGAUGUUGCAACGAUUUAGGGCACUUACAGGUACUGUGCUAGCCAAGGCUAUGGAGCAUUGUGAAUGUGAGGAAGGACCUGAAGAUAGUGGUGUCAAUGACCCACGCACGAGAGGCAUUGACGAGAAUGCUUUGCGAGUGGUUGGUCUAGCGGUCUACCAGGAGAGCUAUGGUGGAUUCAAGGUCUUUCGUGCUUCGUCUCCUGCAGUAGCUGAGAAGUUGCUGGAGUGGUUUGGUGUGCAGCUUGGUUGCAAUGAUGGCGUAUGCACACUGCUGGUGGAAGCUUGUGAUGAUGUGGUGCAAUGGCUGAAAGCCAUGGGUGCAACCACAAGCGAUCCUCCCGUCUGUUGCCACACCGCGCUCCAUCCCGCCGCAAUCCCCUCCACCGCACUCUUCUUCGUCGAACCUCGCGCCGACGCCAGUUCUACUUCCGCCAGCAUCUUUCCCCGUAGUCACUCCUGCGCUUCCGCCGACACCUCCGCCGCUGGGCUCUCCGGAGCGCAUCACCGCACCACCCGCACUCCCCCGAUCAACUCGUCAGCUCCGCACCCGGCGGUCGCCGCCAGCAGAGGAGAGGUGUUUUCGCAGCGCGCACGAGCCGCCCGCAGCGGGCGCGCAGCGCUGCAGAUGCCGCGCGGAGCGAGCGACGGCGGGGGGGGGAGCGGCGGAAGCGGCGGCGAUGGGCAAUGGCUUGCGCGGCUGCGUAAAUGGGAGGAGGAGACGUGCCGCGCCCAAGGGCGCCCCAUGCGCAGUGCGCUCGCCGCCGGAAACCCCGCCUCUUCUGCAAGCGCGCGGAAGUUGCGGUGGCAGCGGAGCGUCAGCGAGGGUGGCGCAGGUUUCGCCGAUGCCGCUGCUGCUGCUGCUACUGGUAUCGGUGAUGAAAUUCUUGCCAUAGCGUGCGGUAGCGGUGACGAGUCCGAGGAGAGUGAGGAUGAGCAGGAGCAUGAGCAUGGGAAUGAGGAUGGGGAUGAGGAUUCGGGGGAUGGCGACGGGGCAGUACUCAUUGGCGAGGUGGUGGAUAGUCCCACGGAACCCGCGCCGUACCUUGGCGUCGCAUUCGGAGCAACAGCACCACUCGCCAAUUGCAGCACCGGCCCUGGCUCCAGCCCUUGCUUCGUCCCCGGUGCAAGCUUGGGCAUGGACACGGGGAGCGGCGGCGGAGUGUCGGGGUGCGGCGUGCGCGCGCAGCAGAGCAUGAUGACGUCUCCCGCGCAGCACUCCGCGCUGCAGCCGCCGCCCGUCGCGUUAUACGCUGGGGGACAGUGGCCGCAGCAGGGGCAGGGGCACGGGGGGCAGGGGGGGCAGCAGUGGCAGCAACAGGCGGAGCAGCAAAGCCAGGGGCAGGGGCAGGGGCAGGGGCACGCAUGGUGCUGUGGGUGGCAGGAGCAGCAAGCAGCAGCGCGGCAAGUCCCCCCGCGUGUGCUCCAUCGCUGCCAAUCCGUGCCCGUGGAGACUCCCCAUCGCCCCCGCCGCUCGCCCCCACCCCCGCACGCCCCAGUCCGCCCGGCCACCUCCCCCAAACCCGCCGUGCGCGCCCCGCACCGCCGCCCUCCGCCAGUGCUGCGCCCCUCCGCGCCCCCCGCCGACGACAUCCCUCUUGCUGCGCCUGUCACUUCCCCCCUUGCUGCGCCCGUUGCCUCCCCCCUUGCGCCCGCCUCCGCGCCCCUCA